AUGGGAGAUGCUCAGAUGGAGGAGUUUGGGGCCGCAGCCCCAUACCUGAGGAAGUCGGACAGGGAGCGUCUGGAGGCCCAAACUCGCCCCUUUGACAUGAAGAAGGAAUGCUUCGUCCCGGAUACAGAGGAGGAGUAUGUGAAAGGAACUAUUAUCAGUCGUGAUGGAGACAAAGUCACAUGCGAGACCUCCAAUGGCAAGACUGUGACGGUCAAGGAGGCUGAUAUUCACCCUCAGAACCCGCCAAAGUUCGAUAAAAUUGAGGACAUGGCGAUGUUCACCUUUCUGCAUGAGCCUGCUGUGCUGUUUAACCUCAAAGAGCGUUACGCAGCCUGGAUGAUCUAUACCUACUCUGGGCUUUUCUGUGUAACUGUCAACCCCUACAAGUGGCUGCCAGUGUACAACCAAGAAGUUGUCCUUGCCUACAGAGGCAAAAAGAGGAGUGAAGCUCCUCCUCACAUCUUCUCCAUCUCUGACAAUGCCUACCAGUACAUGCUUGCAGACAGGGAAAACCAGUCUAUUCUUAUCACUGGAGAAUCUGGUGCUGGGAAAACUGUGAACACCAAGAGAGUCAUUCAGUACUUUGCUAGCAUUGCUGCUGGAGGUUUCAAGAGGGAAACCACUGAUAAGAAGGGUACUUUGGAGGAUCAAAUCAUCCAGUGUAAUCCUGCCCUGGAGGCCUUUGGUAAUGCCAAGACCAUCAGAAAUGACAACUCAUCAAGAUUUGGUAAGUUCAUCCGAAUCCACUUUGGUGCCACUGGAAAGCUUGCCUCUGCUGAUAUUGAGACUUAUCUUUUGGAGAAGUCUCGUGUCACUUUCCAGCUUAAAGCUGAGAGGGACUACCACAUCUUCUACCAGAUCCUGUCUCAGAAGAAACCUGAACUGCUUGAGAUGCUGCUGAUCACUGCUAACCCCUAUGACUAUGCCUUCAUCUCUCAAGGAGAGACCCAAGUAGCUUCUAUUAAUGAUGCUGAGGAGCUGAUGGCCACAGAUGAAGCCUUUGAUGUGUUGGGCUUCACCCAAGAGGAGAAAAACAGCAUCUACAAGCUGAUUGGUGCCAUCAUGCACUACGGCAACAUGAGGUUUAAGCAGAAGCAGAGAGAGGAGCAGGCUGAGGCAGAUGGCACUGAAGAUGCAGACAAAUCAGCUUAUCUGAUGGGUCUGAACUCUGCGGAUCUCAUCAAGGCUCUGUGUCACCCGAGAGUCAAAGUAGGAAAUGAAUGGGUCACCAAGGGACAGAAUGUACAGCAGGUGUAUUAUGCUGUCGGUGCUCUGUCUAAGGCAGUGUAUGAGAAGAUGUUCCUUUGGAUGGUUGUCAGAAUCAACCAAUCUUUGGACACCAAGCAGCCUCGCCAGUACUUCAUUGGUGUGCUGGACAUUGCUGGCUUUGAGAUCUUUGAAUUUAACACCUUUGAGCAGCUGUGCAUCAACUUCACUAAUGAGAAAUUGCAGCAGUUUUUCAACCAUCACAUGUUUGUGCUGGAGCAAGAAGAGUACAAGAAGGAGGGCAUCGAGUGGACAUUCAUUGACUUUGGCAUGGACUUACAAGCCUGUAUUGAUCUCAUUGAAAAGCCCAUGGGUAUCAUGUCCAUCCUUGAAGAGGAGUGCAUGUUCCCCAAGGCCACUGAUUUUACAUUUAAAGCUAAGCUUUUUGAUAAUCACUUGGGGAAAUCAGCUAACUUCCAGAAGCCCAGGAUUGUGAAGGGUAAACCAGAGGCCCACUUCUCAUUGAUUCAUUAUGCUGGCACAGUUGACUAUAACAUCAUCAACUGGCUGGUGAAGAACAAGGACCCUCUCAAUGAAACUGUUGUGGGGUUAUAUCAGAAGUCCACCAUGAAACUGUUGUCUCAUCUGUUUGCAAAUUAUGCUGGUGCUGAUUCAGCCUUGGAAGGAGGUGGAGGAAAAGGCAAGGAAAAGAAGAAAAAGGGAUCUUCUUUCCAGACUGUAUCUGCCCUUCACAGGGAGAAUCUGAACAAGCUAAUGACCAACCUGAGAUCAACUCAUCCCCAUUUUGUGCGCUGCAUCAUCCCCAAUGAGACUAAGACCCCUGGGGCCAUGGAAAACCCUCUUGUCAUGCACCAGCUGCGCUGUAACGGUGUGCUGGAAGGAAUCAGAAUCUGCAGAAAGGGCUUCCCCAACAGGAUUCUGUAUGGUGACUUUAAACAGAGAUACCGUAUUCUGAAUCCUGCUGCAAUUCCUGAUGGACAAUUCAUUGACAGCAGGAAGGGAGCUGAGAAAUUGUUGGGUUCUUUGGACAUUGACCAUAACCAGUACAAGUUUGGACAUACUAAGGUAUUCUUCAAAGCUGGUCUUCUGGGUCUCCUUGAAGAGAUGCGAGACGAUCGUCUAGCUCUCAUCAUCACUCGUAUUCAGGCUUGGUCUCGAGGUCUUCUCUCGAGAAUUGAGUUCCAGAAGAUUGUUGAGCGCAGGGAUGCCUUGCUUGUUAUCCAGUGGAAUGUCCGUGCCUUCAUGGGUGUAAAGAACUGGCCCUGGAUGAAGCUGUACUUCAAGAUCAAACCACUGCUAAGAUCUGCUGAGGCUGAGAAGGAGAUGGCCAACAUGAAGGAGGAAUUCCUGAAGCUGAAAGAGGCUUAUGCUAAAUGCGAAGCCCGCAAGAAGGAGCUAGAGGAGAAAAUGGUCACUCUCCUCCAAGAGAAAAACGACCUGCAGCUCCAAGUCCAGACUGAGCAAGACAAUCUCUGUGAUGCUGAAGAGCGCUGUGAAGGUCUGAUUAAGAACAAGAUCCAGCUUGAAGCCAAAGUCAAAGAGCUGACUGAAAGACUAGAGGAUGAAGAAGAGAUGAAUGCUGAGCUAACUUCUAAAAAGAGAAAGCUGGAGGAUGAAUGCUCUGAGCUUAAGAAGGAUAUUGAUGAUCUUGAACUUACUCUGGCCAAAGUGGAGAAAGAGAAGCAUGCUACUGAGAAUAAGGUUAAAAAUCUAAUUGAAGAGAUGGCAGCACAGGAUGAAAUCAUUGCCAAGCUGACCAAGGAAAAGAAAGCUUUGCAGGAAGCCCACCAGCAAACAUUGGAUGACCUCCAGAGUGAGGAAGACAAAGUUAACACUCUGACUAAGGCCAAAGCCAAGCUGGAGCAGCAAGUUGAUGAUCUGGAAGGAUCCUUGGAACAGGAAAAAAAGCUGCGCAUGGACCUCGAGAGGGCUAAGAGGAAGCUGGAAGGGGACUUAAAAUUGACCCAAGAGAAUGUUAUGGACCUGGAAAAUGACAAGCAACAGCUGGAGGAAAGACUAAAAAAGAAAGAUUUCGAGAUCAGCCAGCUCAGCAGUAAGAUUGAAGAUGAGCAAGCACUAGCAGCCCAGUUACAGAAGAAACUGAAAGAGCUGCAGGCCCGCAUUGAAGAGCUUGAGGAAGAGCUGGAGGCAGAGAGAGCCGCCCGGGCCAAGGUUGAGAAACAGAGGGCAGACUUAUCAAGAGAACUGGAAGAGAUCAGCGAAAGGCUGGAGGAGGCUGGUGGAGCCACUGCUGCCCAGAUUGAAAUGAACAAGAAGAGAGAGGCCGAGUUCCAGAAACUGCGCAGAGACCUUGAAGAGGCCACUCUGCAACAUGAAGCCACUGCUGCUACACUGAGGAAGAAACAUGCUGACAGUGUGGCUGAUCUGGGAGAACAGAUUGACAACCUUCAGAGAGUGAAGCAGAAGCUUGAAAAAGAGAAGAGUGAACUGAGACUUGAGCUGGAUGAUGUGGUUUCCAACAUGGAGCAAAUUGUCAAGUCCAAGACAAAUUUGGAAAAAAUGUGCAGGACUCUAGAGGACCAGAUGAGUGAGUAUCGAACUAAAUAUGAGGAAGGACAACGCACCAUCAAUGACUUCAGCAUGCAAAAAGCUAAACUCCAAACUGAGAAUGGUGAACUUUCAAGACAACUGGAAGAGAAGGAUUCCUUGGUCUCUCAGCUGACCAGAGGCAAGCAGUCAUAUACACAACAGAUUGAGGACCUCAAGAGACAACUUGAAGAGGAAGUGAAGGCUAAGAAUGCCCUGGCCCAUGCAGUGCAGUCUGCUCGCCACGACGCUGAAUUGUUGCGAGAGCAGUAUGAGGAGGAGCAGGAGGCCAAGGCUGAGCUGCAGCGCAGUCUGUCCAAGGCCAACUCUGAAGUGGCUCAGUGGAGAACCAAGUAUGAAACUGAUGCUAUCCAGAGAACAGAGGAGCUGGAAGAUGCAAAGAAAAAACUUGCUCAGCGUCUGCAAGAUGCAGAGGAAGCAGUGGAAGCUGUCAAUGCCAAAUGCUCCUCUCUGGAGAAGACCAAGCACAGACUGCAGAAUGAGAUUGAAGACCUCAUGGUUGAUGUAGAAAGAUCCAAUGCUGCUGCAGCUGCUCUGGACAAAAAGCAAAGAAACUUUGACAAGGUUCUUGCAGAAUGGAAGCAGAAAUAUGAAGAGUCUCAGAGUGAGCUAGAAAGCUCCCAGAAGGAGGCCAGAUCUCUGAGCACUGAACUCUUCAAACUAAAAAACUCUUAUGAAGAGUCUCUUGAUCACCUGGAGACUAUGAAGAGGGAGAACAAAAACCUCCAAGAGGAAAUUUCUGACCUCACUGAGCAAAUUGGGGAGAGUGGAAAAAGCAUCCAUGAACUGGAGAAAAUUCGUAAACAGCUGGAGCAAGAAAAGGCUGAAAUCCAAUCUGCUCUUGAAGAGGCUGAGGCCUCCCUUGAGCAUGAAGAAGGAAAGAUCUUGCGGGCACAGCUGGAGUUCAACCAAGUGAAGGCUGAUAUUGAGCGUAAGCUGGCGGAGAAGGAUGAGGAGAUGGAACAGGCCAAGAGAAACCACCAGAGAGUGGUGGACACUCUACAAAGCUCUCUAGAGUCUGAGACUCGCAGCAGGAAUGAAGCCCUCAGGAUAAAGAAGAAGAUGGAAGGAGACCUCAAUGAGAUGGAGAUCCAGCUCAACCAGGCUAACAGGCAGGCAGCAGAGGCACAGAAGCAACUCAAGGGUCUCCAUGGGCAUCUGAAGGAUGCCCAGCUCCAGCUGGAUGAUGCUCUACGAGCCAAUGAUGAUCUCAAAGAGAACAUUGCUAUUGUGGAGAGACGCAACAAUCUGCUACAAGCUGAACUAGAUGAGCUGAGAUCAACAUUGGAGCAGACUGAGAGAGGCCGGAAACUGGCAGAGCAGGAACUUCUGGACGUCAGUGAGAGGGUUCAGCUUUUGCACUCUCAGAACACCAGCCUGCUGAACCAGAAGAAGAAGCUGGAGGGAGACACAACUCAACUUCAGACUGAGGUAGAGGAGGCUGUCCAAGAGUGCAGGAAUGCUGAGGAAAAGGCCAAAAAAGCCAUCACUGAUGCUGCCAUGAUGGCAGAGGAACUGAAAAAAGAGCAGGACACCAGUGCUCACUUGGAGCGUAUGAAGAAAAACAUGGAGCAGACCAUCAAGGACCUGCAACACCGCCUAGAUGAAGCUGAACAAAUUGCAAUGAAAGGUGGCAAGAAGCAGCUCCAGAAACUAGAGGCCAGAGUCAGGGAGCUGGAAAAUGAGGUUGAGAUAGAACAGAGAAAGGCCAGUGAAUCUGUAAAAGGAAUCCGCAAAUAUGAGAGACGCAUAAAGGAGCUCACCUACCAGACUGAAGAAGACCGUAAGAAUCUGGCUCGUCUCCAAGACCUAGUAGACAAACUUCAGCUGAAAGUCAAGUCCUAUAAGAGAUCUGCAGAAGAGGCCGAGGAGCAGGCUAAUGUCCAUCUAGGCAAGUUCCGCAAGCUGCAACAUGAGCUGGACGAGGCACAAGAGAGGGCUGAUAUUGCAGAGUCUCAGGUCAACAAGCUGAGAGCCAAAAGUCGCGAUAUAACUAAAAAAGGACAUGAUGAAGAGUGAAGUAACCACUUUAGUGUAUCAGAACAACGUGAUCACUGUGGUUUAGUUCUUCUUUUUGACUUUUGACAUCUGUAGGUGAAUAGAAUAAAAAUUACGGUGCAAAUAAA